GCGAUAUCCGACCAAGAUAUUGGAUGAGUAGCAAUAGAACAUCAUCGAUUCCACUUUUGCAGCGCAUACAUACCUUCUCAUCUCGGUUAGUCUGCUCGUUGCCCGCUUAACUCUCAAUUAGGCGAUAUCUCGACCGCACGCCCUUUGUCUUUGCCGAUGAUAAUUGUCUGGAUGAAUGAGUCAGAAAGCCACUACUCUCGUCCCAUCAUGCCGACCGUUGACGGUCAUCCUGAACUGUCUAUCUGCCAUCCCGCCGACCCCAUUAUUGGCGCUGAACUAGUGCCCAGAGCCUUGACAGUCCUUAAACCGUACCUACCAACUGCACUACCACUCUACAGGCGUCUGCAAUUCGGCAAGUUCCUGAACUCCUCCUGCUUCAUUACCAACUUCGGCCAUGACGACAUCGUACGCUAUCAACAUGACAGAAACGACUUCAUCGGCGCUGAGGCAGCGACGGACGGAUCGAACAGUGAAGGGGGUUUUAAGCCAUAUGUCUUCGCCUUUAUAGACCGCUCUGUACGACCGGAGACCGAAGUCUGGUUUUUCGCCUCGUGGGAGCAUGAUCCACCUCCCGCUACGGAUACCAAAGCAUGGCAUCGCAUCGACGCAAUCGUACUAGACCUCCUGGGUGCUAUAAAGGACUUUCCCGUGCCGGAAAGCAUACACCAGCAACGAUCUGCUCUGAACGGCCUACCGUCUCCCUCCAAUCCCACCACCGCCACGGACAAAGACGCCGACACCGCCGGCUUCUCCCGUAAUGACUACGGCGGCCACCUAUCAAAUCAGAACAUCAUGCUCUGGGGUGCAGUCCACGAACGAACAGUCCCCAUAUUCCAACGCCUUGGCGUGCUCUCGCUCGACUUCAAGACCAGCUUAGCACCCAAUUUCACUUUCCUUUUCAACCUUGACACUCUCCAUAGCCCGCGACCAUUACCAGAGGGCCUGAUGUGGGGCGAGGUGAAACCGUGCCAUUUCUCUCUCGUGCGCAGUCGCACACAGAUUCCGCGGCAGGACCGUACGCUGGCCAUCUUACCGUCUCUAGCAAUCUACCCACGUGGUGGUGAGGGUUCGGAUCCAAUUGCAUGGGCGUUCAUAGGCCUGGACACGAGUCUGACGAGUUUGCACGUGGAGCCGGGGUGGCGGGGUAAAGGGUUAGCGAAGGCGAUCACGACGAAGAUUCUGCGAGAACACGUGGUAGGAUUUAGCGAAGACGGGACGGAGAGGCUGGCGCUCGGGUAUGUGAUUGUUGGGAACAAGGCGAGCGAGGGCAUGUGUCGGAGUCUGGGUGGAAGGAGUAAGUGGGAGUGCUAUUGGGCUAGGGUUGAUCUGGGUAAGGUGGGAUAGAAGCCUGGAUGGAGCAUGAGUAAUUGAAACGGCGGUGUUCAGUUGCCGGAGCUUCUUCGAGUGGCGUCUGCAAAGCUUCGGUUAGCUACCGCAUAUACUACGUUUAAUUCACAAGAUUCAGAUAUCAGGAUGGAGAUGUAGAUCAUAGUCAAUUUGAAUUGUGUUGUUGCUCGUGU